AUGGGUAAUCAAAUUUGCAAUUUAUCAAUUGGUGAUGAAAGCCAAAGCGAUAGAGUGGUGUGGCUCCACAACCCUCUUGGUUUGGGGGAAGAUUGUCCCAAAUGUAGAGUUGAAAAAGAGGCCCUUAUUCAUGCUCUUAAAGACUAUCCAACAUCAAGGGCGAUCCAGUCUAUCGGUGGCCUUAACAAUAGCCUCAUUUUGAAAGAGUAUCAUUGCUGCAUUGAUUGGUUGGAAGACAUGAUGAGGGUUUUGGACAAGAGAGCUACUUUUAAUCUCAUGACCACCCUUUGGAAUAGCUGGAACAAUAGGAACAAGUUUAUUUUUCAUGUAAAGGAAGAAGAGGCGCAAGUUGUUUGGGACAGGGCGAGAACACUCAGUCAAGACUUUUGCAUUUUUAACCUUAUGAAUGCUCCUUUGUUACCUAGUAACCCUGCUAUUAAAAGGUGGUUGAAACCUCCAAAGGGUUAUUUCAAAAUAAACUUUGAUGCUUCUGUUAGUAAUAAUAGAACCGACCUUGGGGUUAUCACAAGGGAUGAAGAUGAUUUUGUUAUUGGCAACGGCGGGGGCUUCAAGGAAGAGAUAAUGUUGAUUGCAAGGGCUGAAAGCUACGCUUUUGAUGAGAGCAUAAAGAUUGUGUGUGUACUUAAUAUUCAAAUAGUUGUGGUAUUCGAAACAAAUAAAGCUAGCCUAAUCACUAGUGUGAAGCACCAUUGCACGGACGUCAUUGUCAUUGGUGUGCGGAUAAAAGAAAGUAUUAAACUCUGA